UAGUCCCGCUUUUGUGACUCGAGUUAGCACAAAACACACGAGAACCAAUUUGCUGAGUCGGAACGUCGGCCGUCGGAGAAUUCACCGCCUGAGCACCGCUCCGAUAUCUUUCGCCGCCCAGGUAUUUAUUCGAUCGAUAAGGGGUUUUUGUUCGAUUUAGGGUUGUGUAUUGCCUGUAGCAGCUGCAGCCAUGUCUGUGACGGCGGGUGUAAGCGAUACGGUGAUAACAAUCAGAGACAAGCUCAGGGGUAAAAUCGGGCAAACUAAGGUGAAAAGGUACUGGCCUGGUAAAGCACCCGAAUGGGCGGACGACAACGAAGAAGAAGGGGACAUUAAAAUGUCGAGGGCAGCCGCCCUCGACAAAGCGUUUCCGGUCCACCAGGGUUCUGAUGUCGUUCGGAGGGAUGAUCCAAGGCUGCGCCGUUUGGCUGAAAGCAAAAUUGAUAACCGCAAUGAAGUGCGUGAAGAUCACAGAAGAAUUAGGCAGGCGGAGAUUAUUUCUACGGCGGAGGAGGAGAGCAGGCGGCAAGAGGGGUUUGAUUUGGAGGAGGAGGAUGAAGAUGCCUUGGAGGAGAGGAGGAGGAGGAUUAGGGAGAAGCUGCUGCAGCGGCAGCAAGAGGAGGCGGCCCUUUUGCCGGAGGAGGAGGAAGAAGAGGAAGAAGAGGAGGAGGAGGAGGAGUCCGAGUACGAGACUGAUUCCGAGGAGGAGAAUACUGGGGGCAUUGCGAUGGUGAAGCCGGUUUUCGUACCGAAGUCCGAGAGGGAUACGAUAGCGGAGCGGGAGAGGAUUGAGGCUGAAGAAAGAGCGCUCGAGGAAGCGGUGAAGAGGAGAGUGGAGGAGAGGAAGAAAGAGACGAGGGAGAUUGUGAUCGAGAAAAUUAAAGAGGCUCAAGAAAUUCAGAGGAAUGUGGAUUUGGCAGCAGAUAUUGCUGACGUGGACACGGACGACGAUGUAAACGAAGCGGAGGAGUACGAGGCGUGGAAGUCUAGAGAGAUUGCGAGAAUCAAGAGAGAUAGAGAGGAUAGAGAUGCGAUGGUGAAGGAGAAAGAGGAGAUCGAGAGAGUGAGGAAUAUGACUGAGGAAGAGAGGAGAGAGUGGGAUAGGAAGAAUCCGAGGCCUUCCGGGCAGCCGAAGCAGAAGUGGAGGUUCAUGCAGAAGUACUUUCAUAAAGGUGCUUUCUUUCAGUCGAAUCCUGACGACCAAACCGGAACUGCUGGGGCGGCGAAUAUCUACACUCGUGACUUUUCUGCUCCGACUGGAGAGGAUAAGAUGGAUAAGACUAUAUUGCCGAAAGUCAUGCAGGUUAAGCACUUUGGGCGCAGUGGGAGGACGAAAUGGACACAUCUUGUCAAUGAGGACACGACCGAUUGGAAUAACCCGUGGACCUACAACGAUCCUCUUCGGGCAAAGUACAAUCAGAAAAUGGCUGGAAUGAAUGCCCCUAUAGAAAAGCCUAAAGGUAGCAAGAAAUUGAAGGACUGGGAGCAACGUUGAAAUUUUCUCAGGUACAAGGUCUCUCCAGCAAAUUGCAAAAUCGAAAGCUUUGGUGUUGAAGAAUCUUGUUCGUUUAUUUGCAGUUUGGUCGUGCUUCUGUAGAUUAGCUGAUCCAAGAUUCCCUUAGGAUCUUGUUUGAGGAUUAUUUUGUAUUGCCACUGUUGAACAACCCCCCCGAACUUAUUAAUGAGGUGCUUUUACACCAGACCUGACCCCAGAUUCAGAUGUUUACUGUAUUUUAAUUGGGAAAAAUACAGGUUUUGGCCCUCAAGUUUGUACCGAUUUCACAUUUGCCCCCCCUAUAAAUUAACGGAAAAGACCAAAAAUGUUAAAUUAUUAGAACAUGAAGGAUCAAAUGUGUUUUUUUUUAACAUGGGGGACCAAAUAUGGAAUCGGUGUAAACUUGAGGGGUGAAAACUAUAAUUUCGCUGUAUUUAAAUUAGCUUUACACCUAUUUUUUUAGGACUCGAAAUUUUAUGUCGAGGAGUGGACUCGAACGACAUUUAU